UCUUCAGGACUGCCCCUCUGUGCAUGUGAAUCAAUUUGAAAGAUAUAAUUUAUACUUUAAUAUGAAAGAAACUGCAAGAAGUAACUAUUGUCAAUAGGAUAAGGAUGCCAAACUUUGUUGUUGUUUUUUUGUAAUCAUGUUAUCUGAGUAUUCAUUGUGAGAAAAGUAACUCAACCUAAUUGGAUACCUGAGAGUUAAUACUGGGGCAAAAGCAUCAAUUUAGUGAAUAUGGAAAAACUUUUAUUUAUGUCACAUCUUAAAUACUACUAGGGGAUAUUUGGAGAAAACCAGCAUAAUAAGAUAUUAAAUAACCUCCUGUCUGAUCAGUUCUCCAGCAUGUAUAAUUUCAUCCCGGAGAGGACCCUCCAGGAUGUCAUGUGUGCAAAUUUAGUCUGAAGAAAAUCCUCAUAGAUAUUGAAAAUGCAUACUAAAGAGAACUCUCAUGAAUUAACAGACUGUGAUAAAGUGUCCUCUCAAGUCUCAUCCUUUAACCAUCAUUUGAGAAGUCAUACACUGAAAAAACAAUAUAAGGUUAAUAAAUGUGAGGAAACCUUCAACCAGAAGGGAAACUUCCUUUCUCAUCAGAAACAUCAUAUUGCAGAGAAACCUUAUCACUACAAGAAGUCUUCUAGUCAGAUGGCAAGUCUCAUUAGAUACCAGGGAAUUUAUACUGUUAAGCCAUAUGCAUGUAAGGAAUGUGGGAAAACCUUUCAUGGCAAAUCAUCUCUCUUGGAGCAUGAGAAAAUUCAUGCUGGGCAGAAACCAUUUGAAUGUAAUCAAUGUGGAAGAUCCUUCUGCCAGAAGCAAUACCUCAUUAAACACCAGAGCAUUCAUAGUGGAAAGAAACCUUUUAAAUGUAAUGAAUGUGGGAAAGCAUUUAGCCAGAAGGAAAACCUCGUUAUCCAUCAGAGAAUCCAUACUGGAGAGAAACCUUUUGAAUGUAAAGGAUGUGGUAAGUCAUUCAUUCAGAAGUCUAGCCUCAUUAGACACCAGAGAAGUCAUACUGGAGAGAAACCCUACACAUGUAAGGAAUGUGGGAAAGCCUUCAGUGGCAAAUCAAAUCUCACUGAGCAUGAGAAAAUUCAUAUUGGAGAGAAACCCUAUAAAUGUAAUGAAUGUGGAAUGAUCUUCCGACAGAAACAAUACCUCAUUAAACAUCAUAAUAUUCAUACAGGUGAAAAACCCUAUGAAUGUAAUAAAUGUGGAAAAGCGUUUUCUCGAAUAACAUCACUUAUUGUACAUGUGAGAAUCCACACAGGUGAUAAACCUUAUGAAUGUAAGAUAUGUGGAAAAGCUUUCUGUCAAAGUUCGUCUCUUACUGUGCAUAUGAGAAGUCAUACAGGUGAGAAACCCUAUGGUUGUAAUGAAUGUGGAAAAGCCUUCUCUCAGUUCUCAACCCUUGCUUUACAUAUGAGAAUCCAUACAGGUGAAAAACCUUAUCAAUGUAGUGAAUGUGGUAAAGCUUUUAGCCAGAAGUCACAUCACAUUAGACAUCAGCGAAUUCAUACUCAUUAAAGCACAAUAAAUGCUUUUAAGAACACCUGCAGAAUUUAUUCUGAACAGUACACCAGAAAACUUACAUUGUGACAUUAAUGUUGAAAAUUCUUCAACAACAACUCAAACAUUAAAACCAAGAUUCUUAACAACUAUCAUGACUUGAGGGUAAGUAAAAUAUUGCUACAAAAUCAUAGGAAUUUUUAGCAAAUAAAAACUGAAGUUACUGUUUUUUUACGGUAUUCUUCAUCUAAGUCUUUUCACUUGUGAAGGUGAUGUUUCCAUUGUUCUAACAAUUUUCUGAAGAGUUCUGGAAUCUGAUUUAUAUCACAUCAAACUUUGUAUUUUGGUACACUCAAAUAAUUCAAAUUUGUGUUCAUUUUCAGCAUCCUUUGGUAGGCAUUACUUGUUGUGCUGCAUUCUGCAAGGUCAGCAGUUUGAAACCACCAGCUGCUCUGCAGGAGAAAGAUGUGGCAUUC